AUGGCAUCCCUGGAGGAGGAGCUGACCUGCUCCGUGUGCCGCGAUGUCUUCCACCAGGCCCCUCCUCUUCCCUGUGGGCACACCUUCUGCCCUGCAUGCAUCCGGGAGGCCUGGGGCCGAGGCAACGCAGGGCUAAAGGGGCGCUUCAACUGUCCCCAAUGUCAGGAAGAUCAAGGGGUGGUGGCGUGUGACUGCUGCCCUCCAGUAGGGGAGGGAGAGGAGGUACCGGUGGCAAUGAAAACCUGUUUACGCUGCGAGGUGUCUCUGUGUGCCGAGCACCUGCAGCCUCACCUGGAGCGUCCCGCCUUCAGCACACACCCGCUGGUGGAGCCACUGGGGGACCUGUCGCAUCGCAGGUGCCCCACCCACCAGGAGGUUUUUCGCUACUAUUGCGCCGACGAGAGAGUGUACGUGUGUGCGGACUGCAUACUGGAGGGACGCCAUGCACAGCAUCGAGUGAAAGGGCUGAAGAAGGUGGAGGAGGACCUGAAGGUCAUCCUUCAGAGCCUUCUCCAGAAAGCAGAGGAGAAGCUAAGGGAAGGUGAACAGAUCCUCCAAGAACACCAAAACACUGACCGCACCAUGAUGGACAUGUCGGCAGCGGACGACGCCCAUGUGGAGCGUCUAGGUAAUGCCCUGCAGGGGCAGGUGGAGAGGCUGGUGCAGGCUCUGAGGGUCAGCACCACGGCUGAGAGGCAGCAGGCCAUAGAGCGUAUCCAGGAGGACUGCUCCAGGGUGAAGGGAGACCUGAGCCAGACACAGGGCAUCCAGCACUACCUGGGCUCCCUGCUGGAAGAGACAGACCCUUUCCUACUCAUCUGGGCUUUUCAGUCUGACGACUCAAAGCUGCUAGCGGACCUGAACUGCCCACUGUACACCCCAGACCCUCUCAGCUUAGACAGGAAAUACAUCCUGGAGGACAUCGAGAGCAAGUACAAAGAGUUCAUUACUGAAACAUUACGCUGUCUCAGUGAACUCAAGAGAGAGCUCUUGACCAGUCCCUUGACCCUGGACACUAACUCUGCCCAUCCCCUCCUGAGUAUUUCUGGUGACCUGUGCUCAGCCAUGAGGGUCAAGACCCGCCUUCCAUGUGCUGCUCAUGUUGAGCGCUUCGACCACUGGGCCCAAGUCCUGACUGUCCAGACCUUCUCCUCAGGAACACACUACUGGGAAGUGGAGGCUGAAGGCUUCUGGGAUAUUUCCAUCACCUACAGAAGUAUUGGGCGGAAAGGCAAGGAGGGCAAUGCCUUCGGCAACAAUAAGAUGUCGUGGAGCUUAACACAGCAGCAUGACAAAAAGCUGGCUGUCUGGCACAACCGCAGAAAGAUCCGCCUCUCUACUCAGAUGUCGGGAAACCGGGUGGGUGUGGCCCUGGACUACGGGGCGGGCACUAUCACCUUCUCUGAGGUGGGCCCUUCCUCUGUCCUCAGCCAUCUGCACACCUUCAGCACCUCCUUCACACAGCCCGUGUGCAUGGGCUUUGGCUUAUACAAAGCUGAGCUCAACAGCAGGAUCUCCAUAGUGAAGGUGUAAAGAGGGAAUCAAGAACACGAAGCUUGGUAUAGUAUUGUGAGAAGUGAAUUGGAAUGCAUAAACAGAAUUUCACUGGUGAGAAUAUGCACAUUUUUACAUAGAACUGCAGUGCCCUGGACAUUUUCUAUUUUUGUUGUUAACGUUAAUUUAUCCAGACAUGUUUCAUUGCAUAUUUGGAAGCACUGUGAACCCAAAUAUUGGCAAUGCUAAGUUUGACCAUGGCAAAGGUGAAUGUUAGAGGACCUGAGGAAGAUGGACUUUUGCUUUCUUAUGAUCU